GUUUUCAUUUAACACAACAAAUCUAUGAUGGAGGUACUGUUAUUAGCUCCACUUUACAGAUGGAGAAAUUGAGGCAGAGAGAAAUUAAUUUGUCUAAUGUCACAAAGCUAGCAGGUGGUGAAGCCAGACUAAGGAGUCUGACUCCAUGCUCUUAACCACUUGAUUAUACUGUCACCUUGUGAAUUAUCAGCCCACCUUUAUUAAAAUUUGACAGUUGAACUAAUAUUUUGGCAACAAUGAAUUCAUAAAGUCAUAAAUGCCAAAAAUACCAAAAUCACAUAGCAACACCCAGAUGGACAUCAUUGUGCUCAUACAUGUUUCUUGUCAUAGAAAUGAAAACACAAAUUUAAAAAAUUCUUGCAGAUAAUUCAUGAUGUCCUAAGAUUGUAAACACAGUGAGAAACAUUGAUUUGGAAGUCCCAAGGAAGAAUUUAAAACAAGUGUUGAAACAUAAGACUUUUAUCGUAGAAGCCUCAUUCAGUCAUUCAUUCAAGCCUUUAUAUACGUGAUGGUAUUUAUUGGACUACCAGCUCCUCUUAAAGGAAGUAAGUUUGACAUUAUAGAAGGAGAAACAUUUACAAAGUAGAAUUACUUUUUGACGGUAAAAGUGGGUAAGGAUGUGGCUUACCAAAGGAGGCCACGGAGUGUCCAUUAUUUUAUGCCUGCCAUUGUUCACCUGAUGUGUAAAUGAUUUGGAUACUCUUCUUAGAGAUGAUGGGAUGAGACAGACUGUCUUGUAUAAUACAGAUAUACAAAGAAGGGAAUAUGCAUAUGAAGAAAGCUAAAAAUAGAAUCAGAACGUGAGAAAUCAGAGUACAGGGAGUAUAGCAGUAACCCAGGUAAAUAUGGUUACUUCAGCUAAAUAGUAAAAUGAGCUAUGAACUUCCCGGCAACCAUGGCAAAAAGGUAAAUACAGUGACUUUCUGUACUUUUCAGUGUCUGCAGGAGAGACGCAUACCAGGUCCUAGUUUUGAAAGCUAAGAUGAAUUUGCAUUAAGGACACUCUGAUAGUGACCUCGCAUAAGCUCUUACCUUUCUCUUAGUUCUCUUUUCUGUUAAAUAGCGAUGCAUCACAUAUCUUCUGUGAUAUGUAAUACACUGCCCGGACCCCUCCUCCAGGAACGAGACACUGGUGCGUCUCCACCAGCUGCCUGGAGCGCUGACUGGUGACGGCUUCUGGUUGGAUUCCUCCCAGGAAUUUCCCGUUGCCCAAGGUUAGGCUCCCACUCCAGUGGCGUCCUGGACCCAGUGAUUGGUCAGUGCUGAAAUACAAAGGUACAGCCUCCUUGCCUCAAUUCAGGGCAACUCUGAAGGGUCAUCCAGCUUCCAUACUUCACUUUAGGAUUAACCGAGGCCUCUGCUGCAACUCUGGUUCGAUGCCCAGAACUGAAUGCUGUGCUCCAGCUGUGGCCUCACCGGUGCUGACUAGAGAGGAAGAGCCACCUUCAUAGCUUACAUGAGCUGGAGUCAGAUGGCAGCACUAUGGAGGAGUAUUCACAGGAGGACUGGGGAAACCACAGUCAGGAUCUCCACGGCUAUCCAACAGAUCAGGAAUUGGAUGAAAUACCUGUCACAAAGAGAACAUUAAAAAUAAAACAAGAGUCUUCUGAAGAAGCACAGAAAAGAGACAUCAUGCAGAAUAUCAUACAGAUUUUGGAAUCAGUACAGUUGAAAUGGGAACUGUUUCAGAGCUGGACAGAUUUUUCAAGGCUUCAUCUUUCUAAUAAACUGGCCAUUUUUGGAAUUGGUUAUAACACCCGUUGGAAAGAGGAUAUCCGUUACCAUUAUGCUGAGAUCAGCUCCCAGGUGCCCCUUGGCAAGCGACUCCGGGAGUACUUCAAUUCUGAGAAGCCCGAGGGACGGAUCAUCAUGACCCGAGUGCAGAAGAUGAACUGGAAAAAUGUUUACUACAAAUUUUUGGAGAUCACUAUUAGUGAAGCGCGGUGCCUGGAGCUGCACAUGGAAAUUGACUGGAUACCCAUUGCCCACUCCAAACCAACUGGUGGGAACGUUGUUCAGUAUUUAUUGCCAGGAGGCAUUCCCAAAAGCCCAGGCCUUUAUGCCAUUGGCUACGAAGAGUGUAUUGAGAGGCCCCCCUCACCCCACAUGGAGCGACGUUCCCUGGACCCAGGAAAGGAGGGCCGGGUUGACUUGGAAACCCUUUCAGCACAAGCCUCACUACAGGUGGAAAUAGAACCUACCCGAAUUAUCUAUUGCUACCUCGGGAUCGCUGAGGUCAGGACUCUGCAGCAAUGCUUAUUUUUACAUUUCCAAGCAAAUACCAAAACCUUCAGCAAAGAUUGGGUUGGUAUUAAUGGGUUUUUGUCUCAGAACUGUAUUGUGGAUCCUGGAGUUUCCCCCAAAUCCAUCUAUAUCAAAUUUGUAGAAGUAGAGAGGGAUUUUCUUUCCGCUGGCUCUUUAGUUGAGUGCCUGGAAAAAGCCAUUGGCUACCCCUUAAAAUUUAACAACUGAAUGUCAUCCUUCAUAAGGAUUUGGGCUCUUACCUCUCUCUUCUCUGCUCACAUCCCGUUACCCAGACUGUCCCUCAUCCAGAUGCUGCCAUCAGACUUCAUGGAAACUCUUUCCACGAUCGGGCCAGUACAACUAAGAAAUCAUAGUAGACUUUGGGCAGAAAAAACAGACCUCACCUGAAAACGCUCAUUUUGAGCCAGCAAGCUAUACAGCGGACUUGCAUGGUGGGUCAGUUGUUUCUUUUUUAAAAACAAAAAACAAUUUUUAAAUGGAUUUUAGAGCCCUGAUGUAAACAAAUGUAGGUACAUUCCAUAUUGGACAAAACUUAUACUUUGAGUUUCAUAUGAAAUUGAAAAAUUGUAUUUUUUUCACGAUGUUUCAUUUUUACACAUCUCUAUGUCUCUAAGUAUUAUUUACAACCUUGAAUAAAUAAGCAAUAGAUAAUGGCAAGUUAAAUCUUGAGUCGCAGUAAAUAAGACUGUUUUUCAAUAUUACCCUUAGCUACUAUUGUAUAUAAUUUAGAGUUUCAUUUUUUUCACCAAUCAAGUGUUUUGCUAUUCCCAAUCAGUGUUGCCUGCAAAGACCUUUGUUUCUGUGAUGUACCAACUUUAUGGUUGUGCUGCCAUUUAAACUUUUUUUAAAAAAAAUCAUUAAAGUAAUUCCUGGCCUCUUGG